AUGCAACGACGGAUGACGGAAUCAAAGACCGGACUCAGUGACAAGGACAAUGCAAUAGAUGGAACGAUGUGGUACCUGGCAAUGGAUUCCAGAAUUGGAUACAAGGAAAACGAGUUCAUCAGUCAAUGGAUUCCAGAAUUGACUGAAGAUAUGCUGGCUAUGAUGAUCCGGGCUGAUGCAAGCGCGAAUUUGAAAUCUCCCAGUGUAGAAAUUUCCGCGGAUAGUAAUGAAGCUGAGCCCAUCAAAGAGUGUCUUGAAUCCAGCGAUUUGUCUGUUGAACUUCCAUGGAGUCUUCUUCAAUUUUCUACGGAGUCCCAACUGAUCGGCGAACUGUUGUCCCAUCAUGAAGUUGCAUGCCAUGUCGGUGUCACCGUAGUAGAGGAGCUCGCGAACGUGGUUCUCGACGAUCUUCUUGAUGAAUGGAGUCAUGUCGGUGUAUUGCUUUUGGUAGGUGGUUGUCACCUUGUCGCUAGAAGGAGGAAGAAACGUUAUGAAUCAGUAUCUUCGAAAGAGUACGAACAACAACAGCAGCAGCAGAGCCAAGCAGCAUCGCCAAUGCCGUCUACUACAUCAACAACUACACCUUCUCCUAACGCCGCAUCUGGAUCUCCACCAACUAUCAAGAUCACUGGAUCUGAUGAAGUCUAUCCCCCGAUCCAUUCCAUCAUGGAAAUCGACACCUUCGAAUCGUUGAAAACCUUAAUUCAACUCAUUUCCUGUGCCAUCGCAGUCCUUUCAAAUUCCCUUUUGAUCUUCUUAAUCAUCACAAAAUCACCAAAGAAAAUGGGAACUUAUCGGAAUCUUAUGUGCUAUUUUUGUGGGAUCUCGUUAAUGUUCACCACUUUGGAUGUGAUAAUCAAACCGAACAUCUACAGCCGAGGAAGUGCAUUUUUCAUGGUGAUGGAUCUUCGGAACAGAAUGUUGCCUCGACGCAUUGAAGAGUUCCUCAUGAGCGUUCUAUGUGGCUGUUGUGGAAUGACAAUUUACGGAAUCGCAAUUCAUUUCGUCUACCGGUAUUUUGCUUUGGAAAGACAAGGCCGCCUACGAUUCUUCAAAGGAGCCUAUCAGAUCUUUUGGUUUUUCGUCCCAAUCUUUGGAUGUGUCAAUUGGACUUUCAUCGCUGGUUACUUUUUCGCAAUGAACCCAAUUUCUUCCGAAUACAUUGCUCCAAUGCUUCAAGAAAAGUACAACCUCCCGAUCGAAGACGCCGCCUAUUCAGCUGCCGUUUUCUGGCCACUAAAUGAGAAAGAAGAGAAAGAAUUCCAUUGGAAAUCUGGUUAUGGAUUAAUUAAUUUGGUCUCAUCAAUGACUUUAUCCCUUUCCGUUGUGGUAGUCAUGAUGGUUAAGAGCUGGACAAAGAUCAAGCAGUUGUUGGGAAGACUGGAGUCGAAAUUCUCGAAGAAUUUGCAAAUGCAGUUGUAUAAAGCAUUGUUGGCACAGACCCUAAUCCCAGUUCUCUUCAUCUUCAUCCCCUUCGGAAUUCUCUUCACUGGCCCUCUUCUCCUCAUUGAUUGUGAAUUUCUCUCCGCCCCAAUCACUAUAAUAUAUGCGGUCUAUCCUGCUCUUGAUCCUCUUCCAUGUCUGUUUUUUGUGGAUAAUUAUAGAAAUGUAAUACGAGAUUUCUUCGCAAAGCGAAACAAAGCAAAAGUUUCUGUUAUGACAGAUGAUCAAGUGACCAGGAAUAUUUAUUCGAUUUGA